AUGAGUGAAAACGCGACGGCUCUUCCGUUUGCACCGGGUUUCAGUUGUGAUUUGAGUUAUUCUGGAAUUUUCGAAAAUGUGAAAUAUUUAUUACAAUGUGCUUAUAUGGUACCUCCUGCUAUUCUAUACGCCCGGAUACUGUAUGUAAUUUGGGUGAAAAAUCGAAAAAUUUAUAUUCAACAUCAGUUUUUUGUGAUUUAUUCGAUGGAUAGUAUGGUGGGUCUCCUUCUCCUUCUCCUUGACAUUUUCAUCACUCGUUUUUUUGUUUAUGUCCCUCAACUAUGUCCCGUGGCUUCAAAAUUCUUCAAAUCCCACCCACUAUUCAUGGAUUUCUAUUAUCCAUUGCUCAGCUAUCUUCAUUGUUGUCAACCAUUAAUUCAAAUAUUUCUGACCCUAAAUCGAAUGUCUUCAGUCGUUUGGCCAGUUGAUCAUAACAAAAUUUGGAGAAAAAAUCUACCAUUUAUUAUCAUAUUCAUACUAAUCACCCCUUUUUUAUUUAUCUGGAAUACUGUAAUUUCCCCGAAAAUUGUGAUUUUUUAUUUCGGCGGAUUUUUCAUGAUGGGAACAAAAUCAAUCGAAUGGGCCGAUAUUUCUCUAUUCCUAUUUUUGGUACGGUCGGUUGCCGUUGGGAUUACUGUAACCUCUACAGUCAUCAUGUUUUUGAGAAUGUCGAAAAUGAAAAAACGACUGAAAUCGUCGGAAAAAACGCUUUGCAUUGCAUGUGUCAUACAUUCGAUCUGUUUUAUGAUUCCUUCGUUUUUUGAGGCCCUUGCAUUCUUCAACGAAGCUUAUGGAAAUUCAUGGAUCAACUUUUUGAUUCAACCAUUUGCAUGGGAUGUUUUGAAUGUUGGAUCCCCAUUCAUCAUGAUAUUCGUCAGUGGCCAAUUACGAAGUCACGUAUUCGAUUUCUCAAUUUUGCGAAGCCAAUCUGUGGUUACUGUACAAACGGCUACAGUAACCAUGAAUACUUCCAAUCAUUAA